AUGUACAACGGCAUUGGUUCAGUCAGCGUGAAAGGGACAGGUCUCAGCGGAUAUGUACAACGUAGUAAAGCGGCCAUCUCGCAGCUUUCCAAAUUCACACCGGUGGAGUAUAUAGAUGAUGUCCCACCGCCAUCUGUAAAUCCACUAGAGGCUCUUCGCCCUGCAAAGGAGAAUAAAGAACUAGCCGCACGACUAGAGCAACAUCAGUUGUUGCGAUCCAUAAAAUUAAAAGUCCUGCUUUACCGCGAGGAGCGUAUGGCGAGUGGAGUGCCAGAUGAUGUAAUCAAUCGCGAGUGUGAGACUUUACAUGAGUCGCUGUUGCGUAAUUACGCGGAUGAGUUAAAUGAAAUGCGGCGGGCGGAGGCAAAGGAAACGGCGCAAAAGACCGCUGAACGCUUUGCGGCCGCAUUUAACGUCAAACAGGGCACAUUGGGUGAUGCCUUUGAUCGUGCCCAGCGGGAAGCGGAGCGGCAGGCAACAGAGGCAGAGCGUAGAAGAGCAAUGGAACAGAAGAUUGCAGAGAAGGUGAAGCGUGUAAGGGGAGAGUGA